CACACAUAAGUAAAUUCCUUGGUAAAACACACUUCAUUUAUUUUUGGCAUUGUUUACUGGGCUGCAAAGAUUACAGAUGGAUAAUCGCAAAGAUAACUUCUGAAGUCUCCAAAACGGAACAUACUUUAAAGGCAGGUAAAACACACGAAUACAUAAAAUACAAUUCCGUUCUAUAUGCACAUGGUGAUACAAUCUUUUGAUAAUUGUUUUAUCAUAAUAAUACAAACAUACACCUUUGCUUACUAAUUUUUUUCGGCUUUCAUCACGGAGCGCUAGGUUUUUUAUUUUUAUUGCGUUUCAGUUGAUUUUCGUGUCUGUCAAUCACAUUGCAUGUGAAAUGGUAUUUUAGUAAUAAUAUAAUAAAUACAAUUAUGGCGACAAUGUGGUGAUCAGUUAUAUUGAGUGCCUUAUUUUUGCGUAGGCCCCUGUGAAACUUUUUGCAAGAGAUUUAUACCACACAUAGAAUAAAUAAAUGAGCAAUACCAUCUCCACUAACCUGUAUGUCCCGUUUUUUUAAAUUGAUUACGAAUACGUCUGUAUUUUUUGUAUAGCCUGUAAACGUGUGUUUUAAAAUGUUCUGUUUUUGCGGUUCACUUUAGUGCAUUAGGAAAAGACAUUCACAAACGUGCGCACGCGUCUCCAAGGUCUUGAAUCCGCGUAGGUUUUCAUUCAUUUUAGUCCAUGAAAGUUUACGCACGUGUGUAACCCUGUAUGUCUUUAAAAGGAAACAACUCUUCCGUGUCUUAUAAAGCUCGAUAUUUCGCGUGCAGUUUUGUGAUUUCAAAUCAGGCUGAUGGGAUAUUAACUUUCUGAAUUUUCUAUUCUUACUGAAGGCAUAGAUACAUAUGACCUCUUGCCACAGCGGAGCUCCUAAUGGGAGGAGUCGCCAGUGAAUCCUAGCUUCUAUUGGUCGUCUGCUUGUACCGUGCAGUGGGGGUAUCUGUAAUCAUAUUCAGCAUGUUUUGCACAAGAAAUGUCAGCCAGAAAGGGCUAUCUUCUCCCUUCGCCAAAUUAUACCACAACAAUGUCAUGCUCAGACAGCCCGGCUGGAAACUCGUUUUUAGUAGAUUCCUUGAUUAGUGCCAGCCGAGCCGAAGGCGGAGGAGCCUACUAUCAGGGUAGUGGCGUGUACUUGCCACCGGCGUCCGAGUUGCCUUACGGACUACCGAACUGUGGGUUUUUUCCAGGACUGAGCAAGCGGAACGAGGGGAAUUCUCCGAAUAUGGUCCCCACGUCCAGCCCGUACAUGCCGGCGAUGGAGCUGUGGAUGGAUCCUCCGCGGUCGUGCCGUUUGGAUCCGCCCGCGAGUCAGCAGGUAGCGCCUUGCUCCUUCUCCCCGAACAUUAAAGAGGAGAGCGCGUAUUGCCUUUACGAGUCAGAGAAGUGUCCAAAAGGAUCAGCUGCAGAAGACCUCUCCUAUUCGAGGUUGACACCUGGCUCCUGCGCUGUCAGUGACAGCGGCACCGUUCCUGUACCUGGUUACUUCCGCCUGUCUCAGACUUAUACAACUUCCAAGGUCUAUCAGGGUGUCCAGCCCAGCUCCGCUCAGUUUGUUGUGCAGCCGCCGGUGCGCUUCGACACGCCGCCGUCUUCUUCCGCCUCGGUGGAACCGGCUCGGAGAGGCGUUGGCGAAGCUUCCUCCGGUCCCCAAAGGCAAGAGGACACCCGAGUCUGCUCGUCGGCGGAAGAAUCGUCCCCAGACCCCACAGAAAAUGGCCAAACAAGCCCUGGCAAAGCCGCAAAAGGAGACUCGAAAAACGAAAACACGGCGAACUGGCUGACAGCGAAGAGCGGAAGGAAGAAGCGCUGCCCCUACACCAAGCACCAGACCCUGGAGCUGGAGAAGGAGUUCCUCUUCAACAUGUACCUGACUCGAGAGCGGCGCCUAGAGAUCAGCCGCAGUGUCCACCUGACGGACAGACAAGUCAAAAUCUGGUUUCAAAACCGUCGAAUGAAACUGAAGAAAAUGAGCAGAGAAAACAGAAUUCGCGAGCUCACAGCGAAUUUUAGCUUUUCGUGAUACACGUGUCCAUCUGAUCUUCGGCUCCUCGCAUCUUCGCUUCGAUGAGGGGUCCAUCCGGUUUCCAUCUGCGUAUUGGACCGCACGCUCUUUCGGUACAUCUCGAGAAAAGACCUAAAUAGACAACACCAGUUUUUGUAGUUCGUUUACGUGUUUGCUUUAUUUCAACGAUCUUGGUGAAGAAAAUAAUAUAUAAUAGAGGAAAGGAAGACAACGCGCUCACGAGUCAACGUGUGGAUGUGAACUGAAACUUUUACGCAUAAAACUUUAAAAUAAUUAAUUGGAUUGACAUCCUAUCGCUGUGUACUGUAUUGGUAGACUGAACUAUGAGCUCCACUGAAGUAAAAUGUGGCGCAUGGACAGAAUGCAAUAUACAAGUAAGCUAUACGUUUGCCUGCACAAGAGCUGAGGGAGCACAUACCAUACUGAUGGACUCGGUGGACUAUUUACCUCUCUUUCAAGCGAAAAUCUCGCUGUAGAAAUGUAUGUACAUUUUGUUUUUGUGAGUGCUAGGUGGUUCGUACGGCCUCUAACCGUGUUCAAGCACUGCGCCGCGAGAAGGAAGCAGAAGGGAGAUUCCUGGCAGGACUUUGCCAGACCUUUUCCAGCAUUACUUUUCCUGGAGCGGGCGGGUGGGGGUGAAGUAAUUAUUAUAUUCGGUCUAAACUGUGAAAAAAUAAAGUUUAUUGUUGGUGUGGUGUAAAUAAAGAAAACGAUGGUGUUCUAUUGAAA